CAGACUGGGUAACAGAAGCAACUUGACAGAAAAUGGCAGCAGUGAAAGCAUGCAAUAUCUUGAUCACCGGAGCCAACCGGGGAUUGGGCUUAGAAAUGGUUAAGCAACUCUCUGAGAGCGCUUGUCCCAAACAGCAUAUUUUUGCUACCUGUCGUAACCCAGAUGGACCGAAAUCUGAGGCUUUGAGAGAACUGGCGAAAAAGCAUCCAAGUGUGAUCACUAUCAUACGUCUUGAUGCUGACGAUCCAUCCAGUAUCAAAGAGUCUGCCAAGAAAGUGGGAUCUCUACUGGGAAACAACGGUUUGAACCUGCUUGUGAAUAAUGCUGCAAUUGUGGCAAGAGGCACAAUUCAGACCAGCAGUGUUGAGGACAUGAAAAACACCUUUAACACCAACGUGAUAGGACCCUUAUUAAUUAUUAGGGAGUACCUACCGUUUCUACAAAAGGCAGCAAAAGCAAGUGGGACACCAGGCAUGUCCAGUAACAAAGCAGCUGUCAUCAACAUCUCCACUGUGGCGGGAUCCAUGACAAGAAUGCCUACCAUAUACAGCUUUUUCCCAACGUUGCCAUAUGGAGUGAGCAAGGCAGGUUUUAACAUGCUGACUGUGUUAGCUGCUGAAGAGUUAAAGGCGGAUGAGAUCCUCUGCAUGGCCCUUCACCCAGGAUGGGUGAAAACUGAGCUGGGUGGAGAUGAGGCACCACUUGAACCAAAAGAAAGCGUGGAGGGGAUGCUGCGUGUCAUUGUUAGCCUUACUGAAAAGCAGCAUGGUGGAUUCUUGGACUACACUGGUGAAACGGUGACCUGGUAAACCAGAGGAAUGAAAUCUAUCCCACAAAAGGGCUUCUCCAGUCCUUGUUAUAACUACCCUGUUUUAUCUAUUUGUCAUAAAACGGCACACCUAAUCAUUAGCACUUAAUUUCUUAAUUUCAUGUGACUUUUAUAUAUCACAUAGUAUUUCAUACAAU